CACUUUUUAGUUGGCGAAUUGCAGUCGCGUGUGGCAGGCAGUGAAGUGGCAGCAGCGAAGUACAGCGAGUUGAAAAACCACCAACAAUAAAUAUCGUCACAUUUGUCAAAGAAAUUAAAGGAAAUAUCGAUUUUACAAGCAAAUAGUAAUAAAAAUAAAUGCUAAGUGAGAAAAUAAAGUGAGGACAAGAAAUAAAUCGACGACGGAAAACGAAGCAUGAAAAAGUGUUAGAACAAUCAUCAAAGUGGUGAAGAAUAAAUUGAGUGAGCUGAAUAAAUUGCUCAAUACAACAACAGCAAUAAAGUAAACUGUACACAGAAAUAACUAAAUACAUGCACAAGAGCUGCAUUGAGCAGAAAAUAAUAUAAAAACACCGAGAUAAAUCAAACAAAAAAUUUACACAUUUAAUUGAAUUACAAUCACAAUGCCGGAGGCCACAUCCACUUUCCCCUACGUUUAUACACCGGAUCCGCCCAAGAAGGCGGCAGUCAUAAAAGUCUCAUGUGGCAUCGGUGAUACGGAUGGAUUUCCCGCCUUUGAUGUCGAUUCAGAUGCUUAUGCGGCCAAAGAUGAUCCCAAGUGGGGUUUCCUAAUCACGGGCGGUGCUGAGUUCCACAUGCCGCUGACCGUAUUUCAGGUGACGCCCGAGGGUUUAGCGGACAAAGGCGGCAUCCGCUUGGGUGACAUUAUAUUGGAAAUUAAUGAAGAAGACGCCACUGAGCUUACACUGACUCAAGCGCAUGAGCAAAUUGAAGCUUCUGGCAAGAAAAUCCAUUUCCUGGUGAAGAACAUGGAGGAGGAUCCAGAUUUCGAGUUGGGCGAGGAGAAGUCAAUUGUGCUGCGUGUGCCAAAGCCGAUGCCACCGCCAAAGGUGAAAUCGGCUGCUUCCAUCGAGGCGCGCCUACGCGAAAUGCAACGUAAAUUAUCGGAAAUUGCGGAAAUACCAAAAAUUCUAUCCUCCACGCUCGCAACCGUUUCGCAAACCUUUGAGAAAUUAAAUCCCUCCGAGUUGAAGCAACAAUACCGCAAGCACUCUUACGAUGAGGAUGCACUAGAUUAUGAGCUAAGUGGCGCCACAACCGCCGCCGUCACUGCCAACGGGGAACGGCGUCUUAAGUUGAAGGCAAAAGGGAAAGCAAACUCAAGAACCACUACGUCACCAGCACGUGGCAGUGGCGGGGAAAAGUUGUAUUUGGCAAAAGACCCAACGCCCGAAUCGGAUUAUGCAUCGGAAGGCAAUUAUGAAUCAAAUGAAGCAGACACGGAUGAUGACGAUUACGUUUACGAUGGUGAUGUUGGGGAAAGUGGUGGCAGCGGCGCAUUUGAUGUUGGCAAUAGAAAAUACAAAAACAGCACUAAUACUUCCGUGCGUAUGGCGGCAGAGCUUGUGGCGAAUGACAAAGAGGCAUGUGUUGCGUUUGUAACGCGUAUGAGGCCGGUAAAGUCGAGCAAACAGCAACAACAAGAACGCAAACAAUAUCAACAACAUCAAUAUCGUGACAAUGUCAAUGUCAGUGAAGAGUUGGAAGAUGAUUUGUCUACGACAGAGGAUGAAGCUAAGGAUUGUGACGUGGAUGAGGAUGAGGUUGAGGCAGAGAAUUCCGACGACGAUGUCGUUACAGCAAGGUUGGCUGUCGACGGCGUCUCAGGUAGUAGUGACGAUGAUGAUGAUGAGGUCGAUGAUGUUGGCGAUGAUGACGACGACGAUGAAAAUGAUUUCUUAACUGCCACCUACACCUGGAGCCUGAGCAAAAUACCCAAACUACGGUUGAAUGAUGAGAAGCAAUCUGACGACGAGAGUAGUACGUUCAAGGAUCAGAUUGACAUGAAUGACACGGAUGAGGAAAAGCCGAACAAGAAAGCGCGUUGGUGCCACACAGACGACGAUGACGCGCAGCAUGAAAAACCUGUGCUUUGGGCGGAGGAUGCAGAUGAGAAGGAGAAGAAGUUUGCUGAUAAAUUAGAGCGCUCCUGGCCGUGGGCUGAUCGAGAGAAAAUAAUUUACAAGCAAUCAACUUGUCAUCUGGUGCGUCGGCGUCCCUUGGGUUUGGUUGAGCAACGUAUCAAAUUAUUGGCUAAACAGAAUCUUAGCGACAGUUUGGAGCGACAGCUGCAGCACUGAAGUUUAAUAUUACAUUGGCUACGAGUCUUUGUUGCGAGCAGGGGAAAGUCCCAUUGACAAUGUGGCAAUGGUAAAACAAACGGAGCCGAUAGCAAGUGGAUAUGCUGGUGGUGGAGGGUCGUGGAAUGCAACUGCCAUUUAAUAAAUUUAUUUUGAUGGACACUUUAGUAAAUUGUAUACAUACAUAUAUAUUUAUAUUAUUGCUUAUAUUUUAUAUUUAUUGAAAUUAUAUAUCAUACGAUACAGUUAAUUAGCUAUAUUAGCACACAUUUACAUGCAUAUGCUGAUACAUAUGUAUUUCAUUUUAAAUAAAUCGUUCAGUUUUUUACUUUGUAUUGUCGUAUUCAUUCACUUUAACGGAA